AUGCCCAACACCGCCCUAGACAGCGCCAUGAAGUCCAAGAACGUGCUGCUCGCCUUUGGAGGCGUCGUAGUCGCAGCCGCAGCGUGGUCCAUCUUCGGGGGCGACAUGUUUCCCGCCCAGGACGACCCCAAAGGAGACCCCGAGACGUGGACCAGAGACGAGUUGCGGAGAUGGUUGAAAGCGAGGAACCUCUUUCCGAAUAAGCGUGAUACCCGGGAGGAGUUGCUUGCGCGGGUGCUGGCGAAUAUGAGGCAUCCGAGGACAUGA